AAAUCCCACAACUACGAGGAAACUUGUUUUAACUGUACUUUUUGGUGACAGAUUUGCCCCAGGUUCAUAAUAAAAGGCGGAUGUACGACUUUAUUUUAGUUCCGGUUGAAGUUUUAAGGUGUUGUUUGUCUUUUUUAUUUUAUUUUUGAUCGCUCUUUUGAUUUCCUGGAUGAGUGAUUCCGUUUCGUGAGCGCUCACGUUCGUCCUCCCGGUAGAUUCGUGCCGUUUGUUUUUUGGGUUUUGUGAGCUUUGUGUGGUUCCGAUCCAGUCAUGGCCACCGCAGGUCGGUCUGAUCUUCAGAUGAGACAGUCUGAUUUGAUUAAAAAAGAGCCUCUGGACUACGGAGGAUUUGGAGAAGUUUACCUGUGCUACCACGUGACCCUGGGCCAGGUGGUGAUGAAGACCAUGUACACUGGCCAGCUUCGAAACGAGAAAAGUAAGGUGUCACUACUGGAAGAAGGCAAAGUUAUGGCCAGUUUGAACCACGAGCGAGUGGUCAAGUUGCUGGGUGUGAUAAUGGAGGAUAAAGACUGCUCGCUAGUCAUGGAACUCAUCCCGAGAGGCAACCUGUCUACCAUGCUAGAGAGUGUCAAUGUGCAUGUGCCAAUAUCCAUCAAAGGUAGAAUCAUGGUGGAGAUCUUGGAAGGUAUGAUAUACCUUACAAAGAGAGGAAUCAUACACAAGGACAUCAAACCAGAAAAUAUUUUAAUAGACAAGGAGUUUCACAUAAAGAUUGCAGAUCUUGGCCUGGCUAUUUGCCAGACUUGGACCAAACUCACAAAAAAGGAGUCAUGCAGGAAGAUCAAUAAAAGCAAGUCAACUGGAGCAAGGGGCGCUGGUACACUGAGCUACAUGGCUCCCGAACACCUGGAGAGUGUACAUACAGCCUCCACAGAGAAGUCCGACGUCUACAGCUUUGCCAUUGUUGUUUGGGUCAUUCUCACCACCAAAGAACCAUAUGAAAAUGCCAGGAACGAGGACCACGUCAGCCUGUGUGUUCGUAACGGUGAGCGACCACUAGAGGGCCUGAUUCCACAUGACACGCCUGUGGAAAUCAUAGAACUCAUGAAGAUGUGCUGGGAUCAGGAUCCACAAAAGAGACCAACUUUUUCAGACGCCUACUCCACUUUGUUUCCUUUCUACAUGAAACAUCUUGAACCGAGUGUGGAGAAGGACGUAGCGUAUCUGAAGAGCUUAUAUGAAGGCCCAGAUGACCUUAUUGAGAAGAUAAAGCUUUUAUCAGUGACCUCCGGUGAUCUUUACACAGAUUACCCAGCUUCUCUGGUGAGCUCAGAAAGAAGUGCUCCGGACCCGGUGGAAGCCAGCAUUGAGGACCUGCACGCCAUCGAGUGUGAGCUGUCCGUGCAGUCCACAGAGUCCCACAUUCAGACAGACGCUAAGGUUAGAAGCUGUCAUCUGCCUUUGGAGAGGAAAUUGGAUCGAGAGCUUCACUACCACACACAUGGCAGCUACACCUCCGAAGACCAACCUGACUUUGCCCCUUUCUGCCAUCCGAACUACUCAAAUCCGUUCCUGUCACACCAGUUUAGUAAUCCAGAUACAAAGCAUAAUGAUCAAGAUCAACGCGGGUGUGUUUCCUCGGUCCAUACUUGGACUUCGGCCCAGUUCGCCAGCCAGGAAAAAUCAUAUUCAGCCGCUGAUCUGUACGAGUCCUUGACCUCUUCCACACCUCCACCAUCCCACCUCCAUAUGUCCACCAGCAGCCCGUCUCUUCCACUCAACAAUCAGCAACAUCCACAUUCCACCUUUGACCGUCAGCAGUCAUAUCCAACUUUCUCAGCGUCUGAUACGUGCGCUCCUGACAUGGGGCACCACUUGGCCACCUCUAAGAAGGGACCUACUCAGGAUUCAGCAGCUUCUCUCUUCAUUCAGAACGCCCACGGGAUCCAAAUUGGCAACAAUAACAAACUGAGUAUCACAGCAUUGGAGUCCUCCCAUAGUUCAUCAUCUCUAAUGACAAUGUCUCCCUUCAAAGAGGCCAUUCAGAAAUACGAGGACCACGCGGUGACCGAGGAGCACUUGGAUCUGCUGAGGAAAAACAUUGGCGCCAGCUGGAAGCAGUGUGCGCGGCGCCUGAAUCUGUCCGACGUGGAGAUCGAUACCAUCAACCAUGACUUUUAUCGUGACGGCCUACCGGAGAUGGUGCACCAGAUGCUGCAGCGCUGGAAAAUGAAAGGUGGGAGUGUGGGCUGCACUGUCGGGAAGCUGUGUCGCGCUCUGGAAGGCUACAUAAAGGUAGACCUCAUCCAGAAACUCUUAGAUACCUGCAGCUCUUCCACCUAGAGCUGAUCAACCAGAACGUCUUCGUGACUGACACAUUUUCACCACGUCUGAUCCUUUUCUAGUAUUUAUAGGUCUCAACACAAAUCAGUACAAAACCAUCAUUGUUUUUCUACAAUUCUUACUGUUGAUUUUCAGGCGUGCAGGUAUUUUACUGAAAUGACUUUUCACCCAUUCUUUUUGUUUGUUUAUUUAGAAAUGAAUAAUUAGAAAUGUCUCCCACCUGCAUAGAAGAAAUGUAUCUGUUAUAAUAAAUAGAUGAGUUUUUAUUUGAGGACUUGCACAGGAUGUUACUGUGAGAAUCCUCUGGACAGUUUAUGCACAUCAAGCACUUCUCCUGCUUGCAUCAAAUACUGAAUGUCUCCUGAACAGCUCACUGGAACAACUUGGAUGUUUUUAGAUUGGACAGAAAUAAAAA